GAUAAAAUAAGAAAUUAUCUGGUUACUUAGUGUGAUAAAAAUAAUACACCAAACCUAAUGUAUGGUAAAACCAAGAACACGAAUAAUAUCGCCCCAUUCAGGGAAUCGUAUGGCGACUCAAAAUAAUAACUUCUACUAUCCACGACCUAGCUUUGUUACUUUGUCUUCGUGUAUCUCCAUACUUGUAUCUUUGAUAAUUCAGACCGACUCCGCAUUGGCCUCGUUCGAUUUCAGCAAUUCAACUUUUUCUGGAAUCAAUAUAAGCCCCAAUUCGUCAUUCAAUUGGACUUUAUACGACAGCAACGUGACUGCUGUGAAGCAUUUGCACAUAAAACAUUCGAAGUAUUCUACUUUUGUAACAGUUCUUUUGGCUAUCAUUUUUAUGAUUGUCAUAUUUGGAACUAUUGUUGGAAACAUUCUUGUUUGCGUAGCUGUUUGUUUAGUAAGAAAACUGAGAAGACCGAGCAAUUAUUUGAUAGUUUCAUUAGCUGUCAGCGAUUUGUGUGUCGCUAUUUUGGUGAUGCCUGUAGCAAUGGUAUAUGACCUUCUAGGUACAUGGCCAUUUGGACCACUUAUAUGUGACUUCUGGGUCUCCAGCGAUGUAUUAUCUUGCGCAGCGAGUAUCCUUAAUUUGUGUAUGAUAUCAGUGGAUCGGUACUAUGCAAUAACAAAACCUUUAGAAUAUGGGGUGAAGAGGACACCAAGAAGGAUGCUCUUUUGUGUUUUCAUAGUAUGGAUGAGUGCAGCGUUUAUAUCUCUUCCACCAGUAUUAAUAUUAGGAAAUGAAAAGACAGAUACGUCUUGUUCUGUGUCACAAAACAAAGGCUAUCAGAUUUACGCAACGUUUGCAUCUUUUUAUCUGCCCCUUACUGUAAUGUUGGUAGUAUAUUACAAAAUAUUCAGCGCAGCUAGAAAAAUUGUAAAAGAUGAAAGACGAGCCCAGUCUCAUUUAGAGACGCACUGUUAUUUGGAAAUAAAUGUGAAGAAUGGAGGAGCUGCUGAAGCUAAACUUCUAGAAAGUGGGUCGCAGCAAAACCAAACUAGAGGGUCCACUACUAGCACAAAUACCACAUAUAGUAUUGACAGAACUGAAAGUCAAACAGGAACGCGUCUAAUAGGAAGAAAAUCAAAUGAGUCACAGUGCCCUAUGUUACAAGCUCCAAAAACGCCAACAAAACCUAUUCAUACCAUUAAUAAAUCUUUACAGGGGCCUAAUCCUGACAAUAAUCAAAACAGAGAAUUACGAAGACAGUCAUCUGAAAUGAACCAAAAAAUAACAAAGGGAAGAAUACGAUCCUCUUUAUCAAACUUCGCUCAUAAGAGUCAUUUUGCCAAAGACUUAUUGCAUACAUCGUCAACCUCUCCGCAUCAGAAGAAGUUACGGUUUCAAUUAGCCAAAGAACGCAAGGCGUCUACAACUCUCGGUAUAAUAAUGUCCGCAUUUAUAAUAUGCUGGCUGCCCUUCUUUGUUCUAGCUAUUGUAAGACCAUUCGUCAGCGAAGACACGAUCCCAGAUGCUGUGAGCGCUCUGUUCCUUUGGUUAGGCUACAUUAACAGCCUUCUCAAUCCCAUAAUCUACGCAACCCUGAAUAGGGACUUUCGGAAGCCGUUCCAAGAAAUUCUCUUUUUUAGAUGUUCAAAUUUAAAUCAUAUGAUGCGAGAAGAAUUUUACCAUAGUCAAUAUGGAGGACCAGAGCCACAUUACUGCGUCAACAGUUCCACCAAAGUGCAGAAUUAUGAUGAAGGCGUUGAAAUAGUGUCUGCUGUUGAUAAGGAAGAGGCGAAAGCAACUGAAAGUUUUCUAUGAUUGUCAAUAUCCCGGGUCGAUGUUAAAGACCUAGAUUCUGUGAUCUAUAUAAAUAAUAAAAAUCUUUACGAAGACUUUUAAGUAUUAUAAACGUUGUACCAAUCAUACUAGUCUUUGUAGUACACUUUGUAAUAUAAGUAAGAUUAUAGCUUAAGUAUUAUAACAAGAUACCAUGAUGUAAGGCAUUUGUCAGCUUUAGCAAAGAAUGUUACUCAGGGAAAACUUAUUAGAUUGUUCUCUAUGACAUUAUCAUAGGGUUUCGGAAUUAUAUUUUAAAUAGUCUCAUCGGCCUAAUUUAAGAUAAGAGUUACACACCAGCUCUUCGAUCUAUCUCCCGAGUGAAAGAAUACAAACCCUUAAUCAAAAUAACUCGUGUAAUAAUCGAAUCAAUCUGUGACUUUCUUCAUAUUUAAUAAACGUAUCGAUUAACAAAAGAAGCUGUCGGUGAUCAUAUAAAAGUUCAGAGGACAAUGUCUGGUCACUAUGGAUCCGAUAGUGAAAAGAUCAUUAUUUCUUAGAUGAAGCUUUAUGCUAGUUUUGGCAUGGGAUUUGCUUGAUUUGACUAAAUACAACUUACUAUUUGGGUCUAUCUUUGUUGGUGGUAAUGUUGUAGUUGGUUUAUUGAUCUUAUCCAGGAUUCUUACCUGUGAGAAGGGUAUUGUUUCCAUCCGUACUAGUUAUAUGGGCAAUGUGCUGAAUACUUUGCUAAUGUAACCAUACCAAUAACAUUUUAAACAUGUAUUCCCGUUGAUUUUAUUUAGCUUGUUCAUCUCAGGUCUGAGUUCUAUCGUAUCGAAUAGAUAGUUCUAUCGUAUCGAUUUUGAGUUUUAACGCUUCUAAAUUUAAAAUGCAAAAUGGAAUAAUAAGACUAUUAAUAUUAAUACAUACGUCCUUCUUUAACAGGUGCGCUUCUCAUUAUUGUUAUAUUCCCUUUGUUAUAUCAAAUUCCAUAGCUGUUGCGCUGUAAACUUCCGACAGACAGUAAUUACGCAAAGGAAGCUGUAACUUCCUGCUUUAUACACGCGCUCACCUACAACAUACAAUGAAAUUCGAAAAUUUACGAGAAUUGAGAAUUUAUGUUAUUGAAAGUGAUCACCACUGCAAAGCUGUCUUUUAAAACAGCAGAUUAUGAUCAAGCUGUCAUUGCGAUAGUGUUAUUGGCAACCUAGCGCAACUCUCUAAAAAAAUCGCUUUCAAAUUAGCCGGACUUCGUGGCCAGUCGCGAUACUGUAAUUACUACUAUUUCAAACUUAUAUCAAAUUACUGCACGAUUUCUACUAAAUUUCAAUUUUUACUUAGGCAGUCCCUCCUCCUAUUAUAUAGUAUCUAUAUCCUCUUUGUUAGUGGUAUAAAAGGCACGGACCUUAAAGCUACAUGCGCGGAGAUUGCAACAUAGAGAAAAAAAUACCGGAGAGAAUGGGAAAAGUUAAACAUGUGUGGUGUAUUUAAACUAAUUUUGCUUAUAUAUAAUAUUGAUAUUAAUUAUUUAAAAGUUGGAUUGGUGGUUAUCACUUACUUGUAGAAAAAAAGGGGGUUUGUGUCUUUUAAUAGGUCUAAUAAACGUCAAAUUUACAAACCGAGGUUUCCUUUUCAAUGGUUUAUUGUUCCGAAGAAUUCUUGAUUCUCUUUACGGCCGUUCCCAAUAUACUAUCUACAGAUAGAGAUACAUUACUACCUUCUACUGUCAGUAAUUAUCUGUCAAUAAUGUAAAGCUGUCCCAAUAUACCCGAUAAGUCAUUUUUGACGCCUUAUAUUGGGACGCGUGAAUUGCAAAUUCCAUACAAACUUUAUAUCGCUGGUAAGCUAUACGUCGUCCCAUUGACAGACAGCGUGCACGGAUAAGGUGAGUUACCAACGAUAGUUACGAUUAUUAUCUCAAGUAAGAGAUUUGAGUUAGUGAAAUCAUUGACCUUGAAUGUUUAUUUCCUUAUUUUAUUUAAUAGUAAUUCCGAAUGUCAUGUAGAAAUACCUAUUAAGUUUUCCCUAGGUUUUGGGAGAUUUUUGUAUAUUUGUAAAUAUAAUCAAUAGAUAAAAUGACUAUGUAUAGCGAGUUAUAUUAUACAUGUGAUAGUAGAUAUAGUUGUUGGUUUUGUUUGUUCAUUCAGAGUUUAUUUUCAUUUUUUCGUGACAUUAUUGUAAGUCACAUAUGAUUCAAAGAUUCUUUGUUCACCAUUGGAGAAACUAAGCGAUUGAGUGACUUGUGUACUCCUACUUUCUCCCGAGUGAUACAUAGUUUAAAAUAAAAACAAUUAUAAUAUAAGCAGAUGAAUUGCAAAUGUCUAUUUUAAGAAACCUUGAUGCAAGUCAAACUUUUAUAAAAAUAAAUCUAUGGAUAUAACGCUUCGUUACUCCUUCAUAAAAUAAAUAUAUAAUGUUAUAAAGAAAUCUUUGUCACAUGUGGGGUUCGAACCCUCGCCUAAAAUAUGUCACCUUAGACCACUCUGCCAACUCGACAUUUAAGCAGUAGUUGAAAUUAAUGACUCAA